CUUGAAAAUGAUUUAAUGAGAUUUAAUAAUCAUGAUAUGAUGUUUUGAUCAUGAUUAUUGUGACAAUAAACAGGUAAGUGGCAUCACUGUUCAUUGUGUCUAAAGUGUCAAAAUUGAUAUUUCGUUGGCAGAGUUGGAUGGAAGCGGAGUUUAAAUUGUGCAGCGUAAUAGUUUUUUACGAUGUACACUACGAUCUGGAGGACAAUAAAAAAGGAGAUGCCACAUUUCGGGUGAAAUAUGACAGUGUAGAUUUUGACUUAAACAUCGUUCGUGAACAUAAUGCAGAGGUGAAAAGUACUUUGAUUUAUCGCGGUAUCAAUUCGGGCGGUCGUGGACUAUGGGGCACAGCUGUAACAACACAUCCAAACACACCACAAGUUCAAUUGAUUACUAACACUUUACAUUCGAAGCAAUUACCAGUUCCGAGAUCCAUUGAUGAAAACUUUGGCCCAAUGGAAUCUCCCACUGGAUAUGUGCUUGAAAGAGGCCAUAAAAAAGGUUGAAUAUCCCGAAAUGAACUAUCUAGAAUGAAACAAAUUGUUUAAAAUAUACAUGUUGAACA